ACAGAGAGAGAGAGAGAGAGAGAGAGAGAGAGAGCUGGGUUUGAAGACGGAGCGCACGCGGGGUUUGUGCUCAGAGCAGCGGCGGCGGCGGUGUUGUUGCUGUUGCGCGCGCGGACUCGGUGGAAGUGGAAGACCAGCUCGUGCGCUUUAACACGCUACACUAUUGGAGUUUUUUUUUUUUUUUAUCCGUUUUGGGGUUUUUUUUUUUGCUCUUCCUGGGGGACCAUAAAACGGAGACAGCGCGCGCGAGAAACCAACAGGAACUUAAAAAUCAUCCUUUAGAAAUAAUAAUAAUAAUAAUAAAAUCGAAAGACUUUUUUUUUUCAGCUGAACUUUUUUCCUCUUUGAUGUGAACACACGUAGUUUCACGGAGGAUCACGAGGUGUUUUUUUUUGUGUGUGUGUUCUUUUUAUUUGAUUUUUUUUUAUUAUUAUUAUAAAUCAUCAAGAUCUCUCCAGAUCUCGGGACCGAAGCGCGUUUGGCACGAUGGAUAUGACACACACUCUCACACACACACUCCUGCUGCUCGCGUGCUGCUGCUGCGGCUCCACAGCGCGAGCAGAGGCAGAAGGUGAGAAGUGUGGAGGACAAGUUGAUGCCACCGAUGCGGGUUACAUCACUUCGCCCGGUUACCCUUUGGAGUACCCGCCGCACCAGAACUGCGAGUGGGUGAUCACAGCCCCGGAACCCACCCAGCGCAUCGUGCUGAACUUCAACCCCCAUUUUGAGCUGGAGAGGCUCGACUGCAGGUAUGACUUCAUUGAGAUUCGAGAUGGGAACUCGGACUCGGCUGAACUUCUGGGGAGGCACUGCAGCAACAUCGCUCCCCCAGCCAUCAUCUCCUCUGGCCCCGUGGUCCACAUCAAGUUCGUGUCUGAUUAUGCUCACCAGGGUGCCGGGUUCUCACUGCGUUACGAGAUCCACAAGACUGGUUCGGAACAUUGUUUCCGGAAUUUCACGGCAGCGACCGGCCUGAUCGAGUCGCCCGACUUCCCGGACAAGUACCCUCACAACCUGGAAUGCUCCUACAUCAUCAUCGCCCCUCCUCAGACAGAGGUUACCCUCACCUUCAAGACCUUCGACCUGGAGAACGACCCUCUGCUGAUGACGGAGGCCGAGUGCAAAUACGACUGGCUGGAAGUGUGGGAUGGACUGCCCCAGGUUUCGCCACUGAUUGGCCGAUAUUGUGGCAUGAAGAUCCCUCCGGAGAUCGUGUCCUCCACGGGUCUCCUGUCUCUCUCCUUUCACACCGACAUGGCGGUGGCCAAAGAUGGCUUCUCUGCACGCUACAACAUGACUCGUAAAGACGUUACUGACAGCUUCCACUGCAACACUGUGUUUGGCAUGGAGUCAGGAAAGAUCUCGGAUGAGCAGAUUUCCGCCUCGUCCUCGUUCUACGACAGCCGCUGGCUUCCUCGCAUGGCCCGUCUCAACAACGAGGACAACGCCUGGACACCUGCAGAGGACAGCAACAAGGAGUACAUUCAGGUGGACCUACACUUCCUGAAGGUCCUAACGGGGAUCGCCACACAGGGCGCCAUCUCGAAGGAGACGCAGAAGUCCUACUAUGUCACCACCUUCAAGCUGGAAGUCAGCACGAACGGAGAAGACUGGAUGAUGUAUCGCCAUGGCAAGAACCACAAGAUAUUCCAUGCUAACACGGACCCUUCGGAAGUGGUGCUGAACCGGAUUCCUCAGCCCACCCUGGCCCGCUUCGUCCGCAUCAGACCCCAGACGUGGAAGAACGGCAUCGCUUUGCGCUUCGAGCUCUAUGGCUGCCAGAUCACAGACGCUCCAUGCUCUGAGCUCCAGGGCCUGCUCUCUGGCCAGCUUCCCGACUCGCAGAUCUCCGCGUCCUCGUUUCGAGAUCUCCACUGGGCCCCGAGCACGGCGCGCCUGGUGGCUAGCAGGUCCGGCUGGUUCCCCGCCCCGCCGCAGCCACUGGCCGGAGAGGAGUGGCUCCAAGUGGACCUGGGAAUGGCCAAGACGGUGACCGGCGUCAUCACUCAGGGAGCGAGAGGCGGAGACGGAGGAACGAGCUCGGAAAACCGCGCCUUCGUACGGAAGUACCGCCUGGCCUACAAAGUGAACGGAAAGAACUGGGACUUUGUGAUGGACAGCAAGACCAGCAUGCCUAAGAUUUUCGAAGGCAACGUGCAUUUCGACAUGCCGGAGCUGCGGCGAUUCGAGGAGAUCGUGGCUCGGUUCAUCAGGAUUUACCCUGAACGCUGGUCUCCCGGCGGCAUCGGCAUGAGGAUCGAGGUUCUGGGAUGCAACCUUCCAGAAACCUCCACUGUUACCGUACCAGCUUCCACCGUCACGCGUUCUUCCCCUGCGGAAAGCAGCACGGCUCAUAAACUCAGCUCCCCAACCUCCAGCACAUCUCCCCCGUCUUCCAUGGUCCUGUGCGAUUUUGAGCAAGGUUUGUGCGGAUGGACUCAUGACCCCAACUCGGACAUCAUCUGGGCUUUGCACACCUCCAGCAAAAUCGCUGCUCAAGGCCAAAGUCAGGACCUCUCUUUAGGCUCCAACAGUCUGGGAAACUACCUAUACAUUGAAGCUAGUCCCAAGACACAGGGAAAGAAAGCCAGGCUCUUCAGCCCAGAGGUGGGCCCCGACACAGGGCCUCUGUGCUUGAAGUUCUCCUAUCAGCUAGAGGAUGAAGGAACCCUGCGGGUGCUACUGCGCAACCCGCUUCGAGAAGAAACCCUUCUCUGGGCUCUCCAUGGCAGCCAGGGUUCCAUGUGGAAGGAGGGACGCACCAUCGUACCUCGAUCCCCUAAGGAAUUCCAGGUGGUCAUUGAAGGCAUCUUUGAAAAGGCAACCACAGGCCACAUCUGGAUCGAUAAUAUCCAUAUGAGCUCCAGCACACCACUGGAGGAAUGUACACAACCUUUUGCUGCCUUUCCUCCAGAUAUGACUGGGGGAGCCCUACCAGGCAGAAGUGAGCCAACAGUAGAUACCCUGUCAGUGCCACCUAUUUCCCCCAACUGGUAUUACUUCAUGGCUGGCGGAGGCGCCAUCUUGUUCCUGGUCAUUGCCGUUGUCAUGGCCAUUGGCUGUCGCCGCCUGACAGCCAAGAGGAGCCGACCCACCAUGGCCUACUAUAGUCCCCACAGUGCUUACUACCCAAAUGGUGCCAUGCCCAGAGCAGGGGGGGGUCCUAAGUUGACUGUUUGGGUCGAGAAGGGGGAUGGAAACUCCUACUGGUGAGGGGACUCCUACUGUGUGAUUAACGUUGACCUACAUUGCUGACAGAAGGUCAGAGGAAAAGAACUCAGAAGGGCACUGAAAUGUUGGUUUAGCUUAAGGGAUACCUCAAACAAGAAUUUUUUUUUUCCGGUACCACCUCGCUACCAACUGCUUGGGAACUGCGCAACUGAAGAGUGGACAGGAACCAGCAUCUGCUCUAGACCUGUUGGUUUUCUUUCUUUUUUUGAUGCACCUUCACUUGCUGGAUUAGGCGAGACACUGUGAGUCUGUUUACUACAGAUACCAGCCAGUGGUUGUCUGGAAGAGCGCCAUAUUGGAAAACCUUCCAGUACGGGCUUAACUGUGAUAUGAACAGGUUGAAAGCUCCUUGUGCCUGUGCCUGGUGGUAGCUCCUGAACUACCAAACCAUCAGAGACUAAGUGGACAUGGUGUCCAAGCCAACAACCUUAAUCAUAGAUCCAAGACUGGCGUGAUGCCUUAUUAAUAUUUCAGAUGGGGAUUGGUUCCAACUGGCCCCAAAUCAGGGCUAGACGAUGGAAUGGAUUACGAGAUCAGGACUGAAGGACAGUCUUUAAGUUUUUGCAGAUCUAGAUAAUAAUAAUAAUAAUAAUAAUAAUAAUAAUAAUAAUAAUGUUGUAUAUCUAAAUGUGGUGUCAACCUGUGUGGUUUACAAAGUGGAAUGAAUCUUGGGUAAAUUUACAGCUGUCAAAAUGUUUGCACUUCGAAUAGAUCCUGGUAGUAUUUGUGAGGCGGUCUGGGAAAAUCCGUCGGAUGACUCUGUGGCUAAAUUCGGACAAAUUGACGAAUACUUUGGGUUUCUUUUGGGAAUACUUUUACUUCUGCCUGGAGCAUACUUACCGUACCGUAAAUAUGGUGCACUGAAAUGAAAUGAACAUGGUUUUAUUUACUUUUUGACCUUGCCUCGAUGUCUUCCUGCAAAGAUUAUGUUUGGUAAGCUUAACAAAUACGGUGGUAAAAACGGUCAACAGUGUGAAAAGACGUCCAAAACCACCCUAAGUGCGAUUUCCUCAAAACAGUUAACGUCAAAUCUUGGAUAGCUACGUGUCGUAGCGAUACGUAGCUCAAUCAGAUCAGUUUCAGAUCACGCAUGUCAAAUUUCCCCACACACAGUACUCCUACGCCACAGUUGAAAAGAAUCCUUUAUCCAAACGUACUUUUCUCCAUUUUUAGACUUUAAAAUGCUAGAACUUCACAUGUGUUUGAGAUACAAGCAAAAGAGAGAGAUAUUUCAGUUAAAAGAUGUAGUUUUCAGAAAAAUAAAACAAAAAGAAUGGGUUUCCCAGGCUGCCACACAAUUUACGAUUUCUCUGUUUACUAUUUAGCCAAAAAAGACAGUCAAUGGACCAUUUUUAAUGUGUGUGUUGAGGCUGGACAACGGGGUAUCAUACAAUUGAGCAUGCAUGUGUACAAUUUUGUAUAUAUAUAUUUUUUUUACAGGCUCAGGUUCAGUGAUCAGCUUGACCUUAAUGAGAGACAGUCCAGUAAGAACCUUCCAGAACAACAACAAAAUCACAUUUCGUUUUAGGUCACAGUAACACUAGCAUCACAAAGGUUCAUAUUCAGAGAGAGUAAAACUGGAGGAGCCAUAUUUCUCCAGCUGAAGACAGGGCUACUAGAGUUCUGCAUUUUUUAUGCAUGUUCCUCAAAUUUCACAGCAGAAAUCCCCCCCAAAAUUGCGUAGGCCCCCUCGGUUUCCAAGCCAAGAAGUGAGGAGGCGUGCAUUAUUCCAACCAAACGGCUGUCAGUGUUUUAUUCCCUGCAACAAGCCACAUAAACAACGGCAGCUGCUUCCCUUCACAGUCUCGUCUUAAUGAGGAGAGAGAGAGAGAGAGAGAGAGCGAGAGAGAGAGAGAGAGAGUUUAAUGGUGAAGGAGCGAGCUCCAUGCACUCCCAACAGCUGGCAGACAUUUUUGUUAUGCCGCAGGCCUUGGAGUCUUCCAGAACAACGAAGAGCGUGCAGCACCUCCAAGUGGUUCGCUAGUUUUCGGAGCAGUUUUCGAAAUCCAUUUUUUGUUAGUGAUCACUGGUGUUGAAAAUUAGAGGAAGAGAUCAAGAGAGACUUCCAUUAAUGCUUGUUCUACCUGUUCCCUAGUCCCCAGUGUGUUUCCUAGUUCCCUUGUUCCCUAGGUUCAAGUGCGUUCCCUUGUUCCCUAGUCCCCAGUGCGUUUCCUAGUUCCCUUGUUCCAGAGUUUCAAGUGUGUUCUUGUUACUUUGUUCCAAGUGCCGUCCAUUAUUUCCUUGUUUACUAUCGAGUGCAUUUCCUAGUUUCCUUGGUCAGGUUGCCGCAUGCUCCCUAGUUCCCAGUGUGUUUCUUAGUUUCCUAGUUAUGUGGUUUGAAUGUGUUCCCUAGCUUCCUUGUUGUAGUUCCGAGCAUGUUUCCUUUAUUUCUUAGUUUGGAGUGUAUUUCCUAGUUGACUUAUUUCCUCAUUCACUAGUUAAGAGCGUUUCUUUGUUUCCUUGCUCUCAGUGUCUUUCCUAGUUCCGAGCGUUUCCCCUAGUUUUCUUAGUUUUGGGUGAUUCUUCUAGUGCCCAUGUUUUCAGAGUGCCUUUGAUAGUUUCCUUGUUCCCUAGUUUGAUUAUUUUUCCUAGUUUCCUUGUUCUGCAAGAUGCAAUGUAUUUCCUAGGCCCCAGUGUCCCCUAACUCUCAGAGUUCUCCAGUUCCGGCUGUUUUAGUUUCCUACGCGCCAACUGUUUGGGGCGAUUUUGAUGAAAUUUAGCACACUGAUUUGCCAUAGUCAUGCAGAACGAUUGAUCAUCCUUAAUACCAUUUUCCCCAUGCUGGUACCCAAAAUGUGGUAUUCAAUAUGUCUAACACCGUUUGGAUCACUGCUGUAACAGGAAGUCGAAAGCGAUGAUCCAGACCCCAUCUCUAUAGUGGUAGGGUUAUGAAUGACAAAUACGUAGGUACUACAAAUAACAGAGUAUCUCCAUUAGAGCUGUUAGGAGAGUGGGGGAUGGAGGCAAAAAAACAGAAAGAGGGAGAACUUUUGUGAGCUAUUCAUCGCUUUUCCAUCAGACAGAGAAGUGCUAAGAGAAGUAUUGGCAUUGGCUUGCAAUAUGCUUUUAAAUUAAUCUCAUCUUGCCAUGCAUUCUUUCAAGCGCUUAAUAUUUUUAAUUAGUUAAUGGACCCGAUCGCAUUUAUUACAGCUGCUGGAAGUUUUCCUCAUUCAUAUCCCUGGAGAACAUGGUAACGAGUGAACACUUUAUCCAGGGACUGGAUGCCAAAAUCAUCGUCCCCGUCCCCCCCACCCCCCUUUUUUUGUUUGUCGCCCUCUAAAAAAAUAAACCUAUUCGUUACUAAAUGAUACUCGUCUUCGGAAAUGGGCAUCUCAGGGCUUGUAGAACAGGUAGACAGUCGUGGUCUUCUCAGAGGAGGUGUUAUCUCGUCCGUGUAGAACAGAUUGCUCACAACGGAGGCAGUCAGCCCACCACCUUCGCAUCCCUAACACACAGGCUUUCACAUCAAUUUCUUAGCCUUGCUUGGUUCGGACCCAGCAGGCCUCAGUUCAAACGCUUUCUUAACAAAGGCGGUAUUGUCCCGAUAAACCACCGAACGACGCUUGACGUUCUGGCCGUUUUUAUCACCCCACACAGCUUACGUAGGUGGUUCUGAUGUUCAGACUGUACUUAUGUUUAAAAGAAUGAUGAUGAUGAUGGCGAUGCACUUUCCUGUAUGAAUGUGGCACUAUACCUCAAUCUUAAAAUGAAGAGAGAAAAAAAAAAGCAAACAUGAAUAUGAAAUAUUUUUUGCUUGAUGAAUUGGAAAUGUCCUUUUAAAGUAUGGUAAUAAAAAAUCUUAUUUUUCUAA